UGUAGGUGUACUAAGACACAAUGGAAGAGUCACAUUUAUCAUUUUUCUUAACGGUUCAAACUCUAUCUGCCCAAAAAAUGUGGAAGGGAUCCAGUUUGAAAUAUAAGAUAUAUGCAGUCGUAUAUACGGUGCUUUUCCUAUAUAAUCUUUUAAUGUUGCAAAUCAAAUUGCUUUUGGCAGAAGAUUUGGAAAUGGUCGCCGAGAACUUAAACUACACCAUCAUGUAUACCGUUAUGGCGAUCGCGACUCGUUAUUUGAACAAUCCAAAUUGCAGGAGUUUGCUUUUAGACAUCGAGAAAUUCGAGAAGACAAUAUCCCAGAACGGGGAUACCGACAAGAGAGUUUUAGAAAUUUCCAACAAAUAUAGUAAAGAUAACAAUCGAAUAAAUCGAUUCAUGUUUUGCUUCACACUGUCGACAUGUAUUUUGUUGUCGUAUUCUUAUUCACAUUUACCAUUUAGGCCAAAGGAUCGAUUGAAAUUCAUUUUUCCCGAAUGGUACUUUAUGGAUGUAGAAAAGUAUUAUUGGGUGAUUUACAUAGACAAUACUCUAUUUGUUGUGGUAUGUUUGGGUCCUAUGUUCGUGUACGUACGGUUCGCAAGUUUAACAUUUACCACAUACAUAAAUGCAAGACUUGAGAUGUUACAAUACUUCAUAAAAAUUGUGGAACCUUUGUCGGUUAAAUUAAGUGAAAAAUAUGAUAUACCAAUACAAGAUGCACGGUAUUGUAUCCUGCGUUCAUGUUUGAAGCAACAUAUUUACAUAAUCAAUUAUGUCACAGUCGUAAAAGAAUACACCAAUAUGUUUGUCCUGCUAGAUUGGUUAGGUACUUCAGUACAAUUUGGGUCGAUGUGGUUGAGGGUGUUACUUAGUUUUCAGGAGGACGAUGGCUUCGACAAAUUUAUGACAGGUUACCAUUUUGUGGUAAUAUAUACAUUUAUGGUAUUUAAUUAUUAUUAUGCGCAAAAAGUUGAAAAUGAGAGUAUAAAUAUUAGUCAGUUUGCGUAUAACUUAGAUUGGUUUGAGUACGACGGAAGAACAAAAAUGUUGGUUCAGAUGAUAAUAAUGAGAGCACAGAAGCCAUUAAACUUGCGAAUCGGACCGUUCGCAUUUAUGCGAUUGUUCUCCUUGGUCGAUAUACUUAAAUCUUCAUUCUCUUAUUUUGUGUUUAUGCAUACACUAUAUGAUUUAUACGAGAAGAUGUAGAAUUGGUCUGUGCUGUUGUAGAAGACAUGAAAUCUGAAAGAAACUCUCUCUUACACACAGAUACACAUAUACACACAAAUAUGUUAUAAUUAGUCAAAUAGUUUCACCAGUAGUAACUCAAUAAAACAAUUUUAACGGCAAAAAGUAUUAUAAGUUGAUUUUAAAUGAAUCCUACUGCGGAGCGGGUAGAAUUGAAACAAAGUAAAAUGUGCAGAUGUGUUGACUCAGGCCUUGUGUAGAAGGAUAAAUUAUGGGCAUCGUUGGGAUCUCCAGGAAAAACAACCAAUUCCCAGUUCAGCGUUAUUCAGUGUCUUAUUUUUACAUUAGAGUUGUGUAAUCCCCAGAUACAAGAUACGACAAACACCAAUUAUAAUUAUGAAAUAUUAUGUGAUUGGAAAUAAGCGUUAUAUUCAUGGGUUGGUGUGUUUUUAUUUAAAGAAACGUAUUUCAAUCGAAAAAUAUGUUGAAUUAUUAAUAUUGUUAAGAUAAUUAGUAGUCGUAAGAACAUAAUUGUAGUGGUUGUUGUUGUAUGAAAUGAAUAAUAGAGAAAAUGAGUAUUUAAA